UGAAAGCAGCCUGAGUUGAGAGGUCGAGGCUGUACUAUUUGACUUUACUAGGCGGCUGAAAUCGUUUCGAGUGAACGUUUAACGGUUUUCGUGAAUCCCCGAGGCAAGUCUAGUCUUGUGGAUAGUGGAAACUGUAAAAGGAGUGUGGGCUGUUUGUUUAUCUGCUUCCUGCUGAAACCUGAGGAUGAAGCCUGUGAUUGUGGUGCACGGUGGAGCAUGGGCCAUACCGGACACAUUAGCCGAGGCAUCUGUGGCUGGGGUAAAGGCUGCUGCUCUGGCAGGGAGCGUGGUUCUGAACAGAGGGGGCAGCGCGCUGGAUGCUGUUGAAGAUGCUGUGAGGAUGAUGGAGGAUGAUCCGGUUUUUGAUGCUGGUCAUGGAGCUGUGCUGAAUACUGAUGGAGAAGUGGAGCUGGACGCCAUCAUCAUGGAGGGAGAAACACUGGCCGCCGGAGCUGUUUCCUCAGUUAGAAACAUUGCCAAUCCUGUUAGCCUCGCCCGUGCCGUGAUGGAAAAGACUGAUCAUGUCAUGUUGACAGGCAGAGGGGCAAACCUGUUUGCAGAAAGCAUCGGGGUGCCUACACUGCCCACAGACGCACUGGUGACUGAGGAGGAGAGGAAAGAAUGGGAACACCGCUGUAAGAAGUAUAUUGUUGGUGUCAAAGAGCUCUUUAACUCACAAUGGGGCCAUGACACAGUUGGAGCUGUGGCGCUGGAUUCCUUCGGUAAUGUCGCCUGUGCAACUUCAACAGGAGGAAUCAGGAACAAAAUGGUGGGAAGAGUCGGAGAUUCUCCAGUUAUAGGAUCAGGUGGAUAUGCAGACAAUAAGACUGGCGCAGUGUCCUGCACUGGUCAUGGCGAGUCUAUUCUGAAAGUCACCUUAGCCAGGCUCAUCCUCUUUCACAUGGACCAAGGACGGACAGCUUCGGAAGCAGCUAAUUCCUCUCUGCAGUACAUGGGUGAGCGUGUGCAGGGUUGUGGGGGGGCUAUAGUCGUGUCCCCCACGGGAGACUGGACCGCCACAUUCACCACAGAGCGCAUGGCCUGGGCAGCUGUCGAUGAGAACGUUCUCUACUAUGGUUUGAAUCCUAAAGAAGAAUUAAAAGAAUCAUUGAAAUAACACAUUUAUCAUAGUUUUAUAUUUUUACUUUAACAAUACUAAUUUGUUUUUUUUUUUUUUCAAGAAUCAUAAUUCACAGUUUUUAGAAAGUUGCUGUGCAUUAUUAAUCUUUCACACGUUUACAUCAACUGUAUUUAGUUAUUUUGAUUGAGGCUUUCUGUAGUUAGCUUAAUCCAAGCUAUAAAUCCAUCAUCUUCAUUCUAAAUCAUGUUUAUUCUUAAUACUCUAAAUUCUGUGGUGACUGUGAUGUCUAUGAAAUGCUUACAAUAACAAAGUUCACAGAGAAAAAUGCUUUAGAAUUGUUAAUAAAACACAACAUAAUUUA